AUGUCUGACAAUAAGAUGGGCCCAAACCUCCAGGCUGGGGCAGGAUUCCUCGCCAGACGCGUACAGAAGUCUCUGAACAGGGCGCAGGAAAAGGUUCUUCAGAAACUGGGUAAAACAAUGGAGACCAAGGAUGAACAUUUUGAGUUGUGCUCCCAGAACCUCAACAAGCAACAGGUGGAUGGAUUCAGGUUGCUCAAAGACGUAAAGGCCUACCACGCUGCUGUGAAAGCUGUACAUGAAACCUCAAAGAAGCUCUCUUUGACAUUACGGGACGUCUAUGAAUCAGACUGGGAUGGAUUGGAAGACCUUACCCUCAUUACAGACAGCGAGGACUUAUUGUGGAAUGAUUUUGAGGAGAAGAUAAAUGACCAGCUUGUCCGCACAAUGGAAAACUACACGAGCCAGUUCCCCGAGGUUAAGGAAAGAGUUGCCAAACGGGGGCGGAAACUGGUGGACUACGAUUCGGCUCGACAUCAUUUGGAGGGUCUUCAAAGUGCAAAGAAGAAGGAUGACGCCAAAAUUGUGAAGGCAGAGGAGGAGUUCAACAAAGCCCAGAGCGUCUUUGAAGAGAUUAACACUGAGCUGAGAGAGGAGCUGCCUGGACUCCAUCAGAGUCGGAUCGGUUGCUAUGUAACAGUCUUCCAAAACAUAUCCAACCUCAGAGAUGUCUUCUAUAAAGAAAUGAGCGUGUUAAACCGGGACUUGUACAACAUCAUGAAAAAGCUGGAGACUCAACAUUCAGGCAAAGCUUUCAUUGUGAAGGGUCUGGACAGCAACACAAGCAAGUCUAAGAAGAAAAGAUCCCUGGUUAUCUCCAACCCCAUUCCCUGCAACACGGCAUUCCCAGCGGACCACGUCUCCAUCAACUCCAACGACGGCGACGCAUCAUCUGGCUCCAGCCAGCAGUCUCAGAGCGCCAUAGAAGACCAGAGAGCAGAGAGCGGGACUUCUACCAAAGACAUGCACUCCUCGGACUCGGACCUCAGCUCCAGCGGCAGCAACACUCCCAAACGACGGUCCGUGUGCGACAACAGCGACGGCGGUCACUCUUUAGCGGACGCGCAGGCCGAGGGUGAACCGGAGCUGCCCACGAAUCACGUGAGAGACUCUGAGGAAGAAGCGCAAGUGUGUGAAGUGGAGAGUUCAGAGGUGUCCGCAGAUGGGGCCGAUCCACAGGACAGUAGUGACGAGCCAAUGCAGGAGACUAAAGUCAAGCCGCCGCCAGUCCCAGCUCCGCGCCUGUCCUUCCGCCGGAGAGAAAGGCACCCGCCACAACCCAAUGAGCCUGAGCAGAUGAUGGAGACGGAUAAAUCCACAAAUCCUCCAGAAUUUUUAUACAAGGCAGUGGCGCUAGAGAGCCAUGCAGCAAGUGAAGAUGGCCUGCUCCAGUUUGAUGAAGGAGAUGUCAUCCUGGUGCUGUCUGGCUCCCAUGAGGAGGGGUUGCUGCGGGCGAUACGGGAGGAGAGCUGGCUGCAGCACAGAGAGGCCCAGAGUCAUUCAGGGAUUGUCUCAGAGAAACUCCUCAGACCGGUUCAGUCUGAAUGA